CACAGGGAAACCUGCCAGAUCGUUCCAGGCAAUCUUACCCCUGUCCCGCCGCACUUUCUUCCCUGCUGCUGUUAAUGAUAAUGUGGCUCGCUCUCUAUGCUUUAAGGCUUGGCACUUUCUUGAUGGAACUUUCCCUUUCUUCAGCGAAAUCGACUGGGUCGUGGGGACAGGGAGAUGGAUGUGGUCACACGCUGUUAGGUCCUGACAGUGGGACGUUAACAUCAAGGAAUUAUCCUGGAACCUACCCAAACCAUACCUCUUGUGAGUGGCAAAUCCAAGUGCCUGAAGGAAAGAACAUUUUUGUCAAAUUUGGAGACCUAGAUUUGCAGUGUACCUCUGAUUACCUCAAAAUCUUCAAAAAAACAUCUUCAUCAAUAACUGAACAUGGUACUUAUUGUGGAAGCCUAAACUCAGACUCCGGAGAAAUCCACAUAGACAGCAAUGAAAUGAGCAUUCAGUUUAAAAGUGGCUCUCACAUAUCAGGACGUGGCUUCUUACUAUCAUAUGCUACAAGCAGCCGUCCAGAUCUGAUUACCUGUCUGGAUAAAGGAAACCAUUAUGAUGAGCCACAGUUCAGCAAAAAUUGUCCUGCUGGUUGCAAAGCUGUGGUUGGAGAAGUCUCUGGUGAUUUUUCUCAAGGAUAUAGGCAUACAUCUGCCCUUUGCAAAGCUGCCAUUCAUGCUGGUGUAAUUCUGGAUGAACUGGGUGGCAAGAUAGAUGUUGUUCAGCACAAAGGUCUGAGUCGAUAUGCAAGCAUCCUGGCUAAUGGUGUUCUGUCAAAAGAUGGAUCCCUGUCAGAUAAACGGAUUGUGUUUAACACUAAUGGUUGUAAUCAACCCUUGGGAAUGGAAUUGGGACUCAUUGCUGAACAUCGGAUCAAUGCCACAUCGUUCUGGCGAUGGACAGAUGAAAAUGGUCAAACUGUCAGUUGGUCACCAGACAAAGCACGACUUAAUGUUCCAGGACCUAGUUGGGCUGCUGCCGAGGGUGAGAGCCAGCAAUGGCUCGAAAUAGAUUUGGGAGAGAGGAAGUGCCUCACAGGAAUUAUAACCACAGGUUCCACACUUCCACGCUUUCUGUUUUAUGUAGAAACUUAUAAGGUUUCCUUCAGUAAAGAUGGGCAAAAAUGGAAAAUCUACAAAGACAGCAACAAUAAUGUUGGACAGAUAUUUGAGGGCAAUACUGAUUACAAUCAACUGACUCGCAAUAAUUUCAUCCCUGCCAUCUUGGCACGUUACAUUCGUGUCAUCCCUCAAAGCUGGAAUCAGAGAAUAGCCAUUAAGAUGGAGUUAAUAGGAUGCCAGCAAAUACGAUCAAUUACAGGUGAUAAACAAAAACCUACUCGUCCUCCUGAUAUACAAGACAAAGAACAUGUGAACAAUACAGAUCCAGUAAUUACAAGAGAUAUAAAUUGUGGAAUAUGGCUCGUAGCUAUUGUGGUUCCAGUUGUAGUUUGUAUAGGACUUACGAUAUUGGGAAUUUACAUUUUCAAGAGUUUAAGAAAAAAGAAGACACAAGAUAUUGGUAUCUCUAGUCAAAGAACAGGUUGCUGGAAACAAUUCAAACAGUCCUUCAAAAGGCCCCAAUCAACUGAGUUUACUAUUAACUACAGCCAUGAAAAGGAGACCUUGCAGAAACUUGACGUUGUCAGGAGUGACUCAUCAGAUUACCAGCUAUCUGUAAUGGUUGGAACAGUAAGAGUGGCGAGAAAGGGCUCCACCUUUAAACCAAUGGACACAGAUGAAGAUGGUGGAAUUGGUGGAACAGAUUCAAUGAACCCUCUUGUUGAAAACCAACAUGAAUAUGCAGAACCCUUAACUAAUCAGGAACCAGUAUAUGCAACCCCAAUUGUUGACAAAGUGCAACACCUCAGUUCUUCUACAAGAAAGAAUCCAUGCUCAAAAGAAGCUUCCUAUAAUGUACCAGUAACAUCUUUAACGAAAAUGCCUUUGUCUUCUCAAGUGACUGAUUCUCACAUUGAACCCAACAUUCCUAAUGGUAAUGGAUUACACUCUAGUAGUGUGUAUUAUCAAAUACCACAAGGUGUUACUAAUAAUAAUUCAAAGAAUGGCAAAGCAGAAUAUGAUCAGCCAGCAAGUCACAGCAUUCAGAGUGUUGGCAGAUUUUGUGGUAAUUGAAAUUUUUUCUACUGUCGGUGAAAAAAAUAUCUGGCAUCCCUAAAGAAAUCCCUAAAGAUGUGAACUGAUAAUUCAAGACUUUAGUCAUUAUCAUAGACUAGGAAUAAACUGCAAGAAUGUCACCAAAGUGGAACAUUUGAGUAAGCUUUUGUAGUUCCAUGCCACACCUGGUGUGAGUCUCUCAGAACUACCACUGCAAUAAUGAAAUUUUAUUUUCUGUCAUUAUGUAAAUUUAGUAUACUUUGGUAAACAAGAUGUUGUUUCAAAAGAGAAAAUGUACAAAAUUGCACACAUUUAUAAUGUCCCAUGCCUUAAUUGGUAUAAAUAUGCUGCUUAAAAAACAAUGUGCAAUUUGAUUUAUGAGAUGCUCUUAAUGUGGACAUUGGUUACAUGCUUUUGCUUAUUCAUAGUAAAUUUUUAAAUGUGCAUUUUUUUCCAAUUUUCAUCAAUGUAAUAUAAGGAUUUUAACUUUUAAGCAAUGGAGGUAGACAAAAUUUUAACUCAGUUUUUUGCUGUUAAAGGAUGAAUUAUUACUAUGAGAAACCUUUCACUGUUGUAUGCAAGCUUUUGUUUCAAUUUACUCCUGGUAACUGGAAAGAGUUUUUGAUGUUUGCUAUUUUCUCAUUGUGUAUGCUAAUAUAGUUCAUCGUAGCAGUUGUUUGCUGGCUCAUUCGAUGGCCUAUGGAAAUUGGCUGUUAUUCUUUAUUUAAUGGCCAACAGUUAAAUACCAACCACUGUAAAUAGUAUUUUUACCAUAUUGCAUUGUUUAAACUUCACGGGUUUUAUUUUAACUUUCUCAAGGUAACAGCUGUUUCAAAAAUAAAUCUAGCAAAUGUGAAAAUUA